CAAGUAACUAAGGGAAAUAACUCUAUUUUACCUGGAAUGUUAAGGUCUCACUACACAGAUGUCAUCUGACAUUGAAAUUUGUAUUAAAUUUCACACCUUCAAAUGAAGACUGCCAACAGAACAGUGCAUUUUGAUGUUUUUCUCCUUCAUUAAUGGUUCACGAUGAUGCUCUUUUGGCUUAUUCUGCUUGCGGGUUUUUCGCUGACAGCGUCUUUAGACAAUGGUUUGGCAUUAACCCCGCCAAUGGGAUGGCUAACAUGGGAGCGAUUCGGGUGCAACACUGACUGUGAACACGAUCCAAAAAACUGCAUUGGAGAAAACUUAAUAAAAGCAAUGGCUCAUGAAAUGGUGGACGGAGGCUAUUUGGAAGCAGGUUAUCAAUAUGUGUGUAUAGACGACUGCUGGCCUUCGAAAGAACGGGACAGCGAAGGUCGACUGGUACCAGACCCUAAACGGUUCCCAAACGGAAUGAAGGCUCUCGCGAACUAUGUACAUGCCUUGGGAUUAAAAUUCGGAAUAUACGAAGAUUUUGGGACGAAGACAUGCGGUGGUUACCCAGGCAGCGAGUUCUACCUACAAACGGACGCCAACACCUUUGCAGAGUGGGGCGUUGACUUACUCAAGUUUGACGGAUGCCACUCGAAUCCGAAAGACAUGGAUGCUGGUUAUGAAGCUAUGUCUUUAUACUUGAACAAGACGGGAAGGCCUAUUUUGUUUUCCUGUGAAUGGCCACUUUACCAGUCUGGGAGCAUGACACCUGACUAUGACGCAAUUAGGAGAACGUGCAACAUGUGGAGAGACUAUGGUGACAUCAAUGACUCGUGGGAUAGCGUCCUUAACACUAUAGGAAUUGUGGCCGCAAACAAAUUCAACCAAAGCUCGUACGCAGGCCCUGGUGGAUGGAACGAUCCGGACAUGUUGGUUGUCGGAGAUUUUGGCUUGAGUCCUGAUCAAGAGAAGACGCAAUUUGCAAUGUGGGCAAUGUUUGCGGCACCUCUUCUGAUGUCGAACGAUCUGCGAAGCAUCAGUUCGGUAUCCCGCGAGCUACUUCUGAACACGAGAAUCAUAGCUGUGAACCAAGACAAGCUAGGUGUCCAAGGAACAUUAUUGAUAGAGCUUUCCAAUAUCCAGAUUUGGAAUCGACCUAUAUUACCAAAGGGUAGUUACGCCAUUGUUGUCCUCAACAGAGGUGAAGGUGGUUCAGCAGCGAGAAUUUCUGUCAAAGGUCAACAGCUAGGACUGAAUGACCCAAAAGGCUACGCUCUUGUGAAUGUAUUUGACGGAUCGUCCAUGGGAUAUCUAACUCCAACCGGCUCUUUAGAACUCUCAAUCAAUCCAACUGGAGUAGUGAUGUUUACUGUCACUUUAAAGCAGGACACAACCUUGCAUUUUGUUAGAUACAACAAAACAUGACAUAUUUAAUUACAUAUAAUGCGUUUACAAUUAUUUAUGUUAAUUUUAAAACAAUGAAAAAAAUGUAUAAUGAGAUUUUAAAACUUCGAAAAUAAUCAAAUCAACAAUUAAAGUGCUUGGACGAAUUGGCUAAAUUGGGUUGUAGCUUAUAUAUUUCUACAGGAUGGUGACAAUGCAAAUGACAUACAUAAACACAAGUUUAUGCACACUGUAAUAAAGCAGAUUUGGUAUUGUUCCAUA